AGGUUCAGCUUGGCUCUGCUCAUAUUGCAUGGAAGGAAAAGCAUGGGACCAAGCACUGAGUAAUUCCUUUUGUCCAUGUUUGAUUUCCUGGACUUAAUUGUUAGAGGUGGUAGUGCAGCUUCUCUAGUACUGUUCAGUUAUGUAUCUGAGCAGAUUUGUUCACAUAAUGUUCAGGUAGGAGACGCUUGAAUAUUUUAACAAGUACAAAGGAAGAAUUUGUAAGUGUCUCACACAAAGCUGAUGAUCAGAGACAGUAGGAUUAUGUCCUGAGGAGCACUUGUUCUGACUAAACCCUGAUCCUUUCUCAUUGUGUGUUGGAGAUGGCAAAGUAUGAAGUCAGAAGGAUGAGAUGGCAGGUCUAGAGAAAGGUCCUUUGCUUUACAAGUAGACCUCCAGACCUAGACUGAACCAUGGCCCCAGGCAAACAUUUGCUGAGGAUCACAAUUGUCAUCCAUCUGUUAAAAUGUCUUGCAGUACUGGCCAGUGAAUAAGUGAAAAAAAUGGGUUUUUUUCCCCCAAAUAGCAGGGUAGGUGCUGUGGUUCUUGUUAGGAUUAUGUAGGAGAUUUCACCUUCCUUUGAUAAAAGAACAGAGUUUUACAGCCAUUUGUACACAGGAGACCAUUGCUAUUAGUGAGUAUAUAAUGUUUUCUUAGUUACUUUAAUGAAACCAGGGUUUUCGGCUGACUCCCUCUCCUUGAGGGAGAGGGCACAGACUUAAUAUGCUGUAUGACAUUGUAGCUCUUACAAAGGAUGGGAGAUACCUCCUUGGGAGAGUUCUCAUACCUGUGUAAAGUUACACUGCUCUGACACCUUCAGAUCAGAAGGGAUGGAGACUUCACCAAAGUCUGAAGGUGAGCUGUGGGGUGUCUUAGGCUUUCCUCACAGCUGCCUGAGUUACUACUGUACAAAACAAGUUAUUUCCCAGGAGAAAAUCUCAACUGAGUCAUUGCUGCGCUCCUGCAGCUUGAGGUCUGGAGGAGCAGAGUAGGGCUCCAGCAGCUCCCUCUGCCACAGGCAGAGCCAGAGUGUGGCUGCAGGUGUGAGGAUGCUGGUAUUGGUGCUGGUAGCCAUCUCAUGCCUGUCUGCCGCCUGUAAAUUCAUCAGAACAAGGAACACAUCAAUCACUAGUCCUGUCUCAGCCUCACCCACCUGCCUGGGUACUUGGAACUAAUGCCCACGGGGGGGAGCUGGGCUUGCCAGGUGUGCCUUGCAGGUAGCAGGAUGUGGCCACUGUUAAAGCCACAAUGAGACACACCUCAAAAUAAUUUGCUGGCACCUCCCUCUUGCCUUACUGAUGUAAGGAGGUCUCCUGGAGUCGGUGUUUCUGUGAUUAAAAGAAAGCAGCACCUUGUCUUGCUGCUGUUGGGCAAGGGGAAAAUGGUGUUAACAAGCCCUUUUGUGAACAGGAGGAAUGAGCCCUCCUGUGAGACACAACAGCCCCAGUAUGCUGCUGCCUUCCCCAGUAUGUGCUCCUGCCCUGAUGGACGUGAAGGAUUGUGGCAGGAGGCUGGGGUGAAAAUGGGAGAAGGUGCUGUCACCCUGUAGAAUGGCUCAGGCUGGCAGCUGUCAUGGUGGUGCCCUGCAGGCAGAUGGGUCAGGAGGCUGAGAAAAACCUCUGAUCAGGGAAAACUUCCUGCCUCCUUCCUGUAGAGGAGAAUAAGGCAUUCCUGGAAAUGGUUAUUGGGAGGCUCUAUCAGCCCUGGCAGCCUUGUUCUGUGCAAGAUUUAAAACCCAUCUAAAAUGGCUGGCAGUCAGUCUGUGCUAUUUCAGGUCAGGGCUGGUUUUGCUUUCUGCCUAUCUGUUUAUGUCUCAUUUCUUUUGUUAUAAAUUAUUGAAAGCAGAAAUGCCAAAAGACGUAAGAAAGAAGCUGGUUUUGCAGUUACAGGAGGCUUUGCUAAUUUGUCGGGGAAAAGCUCUUGCUAGGAUAUAAGCUCCUUUCUUGUUCUUUGUACAAGAUGGGUUUUAGCAGCUCCCCAGCAGCAGCCCCACCUCUCCCCUGCUGGCAGUGCACAGGGUUGGCUUUAAAGCUGCUCUGGCCGUGGUUUGUAUGAGUCUGGUGGUGCCUGUGUGGCUUGAGGAAGGGGGAGCUCCCCUUCCCCUGCCUGCAUGGCCACCGUGGUGGCUUUGUGCCCAGACAAAGACCCGGGGGUUCCAAAGUGCUGCAGCAUCAGGAGAUGCAGCGUAUUGCCCAGGGGCUGUGCCUUGCUGGCGGGUACAGCUGAUCUGCUGAGGGCUGGGGGGAUGGUGGGCAGGCUUUUGGGUGCAGCUGGUGCUGGUGAGGGGCUGUGCACAGGCAGGGUGGGGUUCAGGUUCUUUUGCACUCGCUGCCUGCCAGGGACAAAAGCUACGUCAGACUGCAGCAUCCACAAAGGAGAAGCAUGUGGAGAACAGGCAAGCAAAGGGGGAAGCUGAGGGGAAGGUGAGCACAGCCAGCGAGUGAACACAUGGUAAAACAUUUGUCUGACAAUUUGCAUGAAGGCAAAAAGGAUUUCCUGUAUUCAUUUUGAAACUGAAUGGAUGUUUUGGUUCUCAGUGGCUGUGCAGGAAAGAUGAGCCUUUUCUCACUGGGGCUGGGCUGUGUGGUGCGGGCUCUGCAGGGUGGGUUUGAAGGAUGCUCAUGAAGGCAGCCCUGCCUGGGGCUGCACCACCAAGUCAGAGCUGCUCUGGGAGCAGCCUGGCCUGGAGCUGUGCCUGCAGCCUCUCCCUCCCUCCCUCAGACACAGGAACGGGAGGCUGCUUCUCAUCCAGACUCCUCUUGGAGGAGCAACCUGGCCUUAGAUCUUGGCCUUUGCCUUUUCAGCGUUUGCCAGCUCUUGGCGCUUCUUGAAUUCAGAGCCCAUAUUCUGGCAGGAGUGAGAAGGUGCCUCAGGGUUUGCGGCAAAGGGCCACCUCCGGCCGUGACCUGCUGUUGCUGGAUAGCACCAGUCCCUCCUGCCAAGACGGCAGUCGUCUCGCUAAAGAACACAAAGCAAGUGUUCCCUCCGGAUUGCUGGGGAUUUUCUCUGCAAAAUCUCCAAUAAGCCCUGAGCAAAACCCAGAGGUUGGCAGGCCAGGAGGAGGUGGAGGUGAGAGCUGCUGCAGCACAGCUGCUACCCUUGGUGCUCUAACAGGUUCCUGUUCACCAUGGCACCAAGAUCUCUGCAGAAGGGUUUUGCUAAGCCUCAUCUGCAGUCAGGAUACUUUUUCUUUUGCCUCCUCCCCUUCCCCUCAUUCCCUUCAGCACCUACAGGACCCUCCUGGCCCUCUAUCCCUCUCUAUCCUGGUGGCCAGCAUGCAAGUGCCCCCCAGAGUGCCACUGUCUUUCCUGCUGGGAUCACAUAGGCUGCCUGCACUGCCCCUUGGCUUUUUCCUACCAAAGGUCUUUCUUCCACUUGCACACCAGCCCAUCUGCACAGUUUGGGCCGCUCCCCAGGCUUGCUGCUGCCAAGCAAAAGCCUGUGAGAAUGCUCAGCUUCUUGUCCACCCGUGCUGCUUCUUUAGUGGCCAGAGACAGCGUAGACAUGAGCUGGGCAGUGGCCAAGCAGCUCUCACAGGUGUGAGAACAGGGUGCUGGCUUUAGCCCAAGGCUAGCUUUGUUCAAGUUCUGCUUCAGCAGUGGGAGCAUCCCUGGACACAUACAUGGGCCACAACUGCCGCCGUUGCUCUGGGGCACCCGCUUCUUGGAGCGGGGUUGAGGCUGGGACAGUGGCUUUGGAGCCGUCUGGUCACAAAGGGACCGGCCUGCUGGCCCUCACACCUGGCACCCGGGUGCGUGUGCGCACAGGAGGGGCAGUGGGAACCAUGCCCGUAGGUGGGGGCAGCAGGAGCUGUGUGACGCCUGUCCGUGUGUGCUGAGGGCUGUGUGAGCCGUGUCCCCGGUGACCCCUCACUCAGCGUCUCCCUCCCCGCGUCCCUCAGGCCCCUCACGCUCGGUCCCGCUCGCGCCCCCGUCGCGCGGCACGGCGGGAACGGCCGCCCCCUGGCGGGCCACGCGCUUCCCGGCGGGCGGGCAGCCAAUGGGCGCGCGGGCUGGGCGGCGGCCGGAGUAUAAAAGGCUCCGCCCCGCGCGGCGCGCGCUCCAGACUCACCUGGACGCGCGGAGAGCGGGAUCGGUACCGGCACCGGCACCAACCGCACAUCGCAUCCACUGCACAUCGCGCCCUACAGCGCCGCAGGCAAAAUGUGCGACAAACCAGACCUCUCGGAGGUGGAGAAAUUCGACAAGAAGAAGCUGAAGAAAACCAACACGGAGGAGAAGAACACGCUGCCCUCCAAGGAGACUAUUGAGCAGGAGAAGGAAUGUGUGAAGUCUUCCUAGAGAGAGAUUGCCUGGCAGGAAGAGCGACUACUCAAUUUUUUUGCUUUGAAAUGAAUCAUGUGGGUUUUUUUAAAUUUACAUCACGUACAUGUAUAGAAAACAGCUGUAUCACCUAACACACUGUCCCACUUUGCUGGCAGCUUUGGCAGGUGGGGGGACAAAGCGUGGUCCUCUCAGUCCAUCAGUAGCCUGACCUGAUGCCAUCUCUGCUGCUUCAGCUGCCUCCUGUGACAGCACUGAUCUUGCUCUGAUGCAGUGGGGAGAUGAGCAAGGGCUGUGGAGGCUUCUGGGCAUGGACCCCUUCUGCCUGGGGGAGUGGGGAACCUUUCUGGCCUCACCUCCAGCCUGGGUCUGUCUUGCAUAUUCUUCACUGACAGUGUUCUGUAGCCUCACUCACAGUUUUUUUGUCUUCCUUGGGGAAAAAUGAGAAGUUUAUUAUAAAAUAAAAAAUUGUAAUGAUCUA